AUGGCCUUUCAAGUUCCCCGAUGUUACAAGCGAGAGGAGAUGGGGGACGUUAUAUUAUACCAACUACAUCGCUUCAGCGAUGCCUCUCAGAAGGCAUGUGGAGCAGUGUCAUAUUUGCGCAUGAUAGGUGCAAAACGGGGAAAGCCACUGUUCUAUAAUGUAUGGCAAAGCAAAGCCAGCUCCCUUGAAACAGCUCACCGCCGCAGUUCUCGCGGUAAACUUCAUCGACAGCUAAAGAAUAAGCUGGACACUCCGCUAGAAAAGUCAAUAUUCUGGACAGAUAGCGUUAUAGUGCUGCAAUACAUAAGGAACUCAGAGAAAUGGUUUUGCAUCUUCGUAGUGAACUGCAUCAUGUUGAUCAAAGAGCGGACAAUGUCAGAACAAUGGAGAUAUGUGAACUCAUCAUUAAAUCCAGCUGAUAACGCUUCCAGAAGCUUAUCUGCUGCAGAGAUAUCCGCAGAUUGUCGAUGGACGCAGGGACCAUUGUUUCUAUGGAAAGGGGAACACGAAUGGCUGAGUCAGAGUAAGGAUGGUCGCAACUGGCAUCAUGAUCCAGAGUUCCUUAAUGACAACCAUCCAACAGAGCUCUGCAUGCGGACGCCCCCCUGA